AUGACUGAAAUAUUCCAUAAAGAAAAUUUGCAGAUUGCAAAAGUUCAUUCAAUCCUUGGUGGUGCUCAAAUUGGUUUUAACAAAAGAGAUUGUUAUAACCACUUAAGAAAUGUUCAUCAUAGACAAUUGGAUGGAGGAGAUGCUCAGUCAGUCCUCACUUACUUCAGGAAAAAGCAAGCUGAGAAUCCCCAAUUUUUUUAUGCAAUCCAAUGCGACGAAGAUGGAAGAGCAACUAAUUUCUUUUGGGUCGACUCUCGAUCACGGACAGCUUAUGAAUAUUUUGGAGAUGUGGUCACAUUCGACACAACUUAUAGGACAAACAAGUAUGAUAUGUCGUUUGCGCCAUUCACAGGAGUAAACCACCACUGGCAAUCAAUACAAUUCGGCUGUGCACUUCUACAAGAUGAGACGGAGGCUACCUUUUUGUGGUUAUUUGAGACAUGGCUACAAGCAAUGGGAGGUCGUCAUCCAAUUUCCAUUAUUACUGACCAAGACUUGGCAAUGAAGGGAGCAAUUGCCAAGAUAUUUCCAAAUACUCGCCAUCGUUUAUGCCUUUGGCAUAUCAAGAAGAAGUUUGUUGAGAAGCUGUCCCAUGAAUCAAGUGAGGGAAUUAAUUCAUUUUUCGAUGGAUUUGUUACUUCAACAACAAAUCUUAGAGAAUUUGUUGUUAAAUAUGAUCAAGCACUAAAGAGGAUUAUAGAUAAUGAAAGUGAUGAAGACUUUGAAACAGAACACAAGUUUCGUAUCGUGAAUGAUGAUGAAUUCCUUUUGAAAGAUGCAGCAAAGUUGUAUACCAGAAAUGUUUUCAACAAAUUCAAGGUACAAUGGAUUCAAAUUAAGCACUACAAGGUUGAAGAAAGGGAAUGCGACAAUGAAUGGCACUCAUACCUGGUGAAAAAAAGACUUGGAGAACAUGAGCAAGAUUUUAUGGUGAAGAUAGAUUUGACAACAUACAAGGGUUCUUGUGAGUGCCAAAACUUUGAGUUUGUUGGAAUACUUUGUCGGCACUUGUUAAAAGUAUUUUCACGUCUGGAUAUUGAAACAAUACCAGCACAUUUUAUUCUUCCAAGAUGGAGACAAGAAGCAAACAAAUUUAGGAUAAUGGAUUCUGAAGAUUUGGUGAAAAGUGUUGGUAAAGAAGAAUCAGAAGCUGUAAGACUUAGCCAUAUGUAUCACCAAGCAACUAAAUUGGCAUGUAUUGCUGCACCUUCAAAGGAGGGAUACACAAUAUUAAUGGAUGCUUUAAAUGAAGUAUCAAGAAAAUUGCCAAAAAUUUCAGAUCAGCCUGCUAUCAUUAGGGAAAUGAGUGUUCCUCUAAACCAAGAUGAUCAUACUACCAUGGAAACUAGUGCUUCCCCAAAUAGAGAUGAUCCAUGUACUAAUAUUCUUUCUUCCCAGUCAUUGCUCUUGGACACAAAUAUCUCUAAGACCAAAGGCAAGAAGAAAGAAACUAAGAGUUCUGGCAGAAUAAAGAGUGGUGUUGAGUUGGCCAUGGAGACAGGGAAAAGAAGUGUUACAUGUCUGAGCCAUUAUUUUGGUUUUGUGUUCAUAUUGCGAUUGAACAUAGCAAUUGCAAAAUUUUACAUGCUUUAA